GCUGAGAACUUCCACGUGACGAAAUUUAGCCAUGAGCACAGCAGACCUACGGACUCAGGCAGCUCGCUACAAGAGUUGAGUGUUCAGUCUCUAUUCAACUGCCGUGCUAAAGUUGUUAUCGUUAUGUACAACUUUUCGCUGUUAUCCUGACUUUUAAUCAUCGAAAAGUUUGACCUUUCUUUUGUUUCCCUCUGCCAUCAAUUGAAGUCUCUUCGUGUUGGAAAAGUUUGUGUUUUAUUGUUUUUUUAAAUGGAGCGAAAGAAGCCGGUGAAUCUUUAUUGCUGUUGGACCUUUCUUCUCGCUUGGUGCUGUAGUCUCACUGACUGUUACAAUUUGGAUGUAGACCAUCCGGUUAGUUUCAGUGGCCCAAAUGGAUCUUUAUUUGGAUAUUCUGUGUUGUUACAUAAGAACAAGCAACACACAUGGUUAUUAGUCGGAGCUCCAGUUGCGAAUUCAACAUUCGAUCCAACCCUUAUAAAACCAGGAGCAAUUUAUAAGUGCAACUUCUCAGGCAAUAGAGAAUGUCAGCAAAUAUCAACGGGUGUGGACAGUUGUGGGAAGACUUGCUUCUCUGAAAGUGACAACCAGUGGCUCGGAGUCAGCCUGUCUAGACAGCCUAGUGAUGGCCAUGUAUUGGCAUGUGGGCAUCGUUGGAAGAACGUGUUCUAUUCCAGGAAAGACAACCAGAACAAGCUACCUCAUGGUGUCUGCUACAGAUACGAAGCUGACCUCAAACAGUCUCAACCACUUAUCCCAUGCUAUAAAGAUCAUCAACGGAAGUUUGGUGAAGACUACGGAUCAUGCCAAGCAGGAAUAUCCAACUUUCUGAAUGAGGACUUGAUAAUAAUGGGAGCCCCUGGGACAUCGUACUGGACUGGGUCUGUUCUGGUCUACAACACCUCCAGUAUGGUCCUGUCUGCCUAUGUGGAUGACGACAGCACUGUACUCUAUGGCAGUUAUCUGGGCUACUCGGUUGGCGCCGGCCACUUCCUUCACCCUGACUCCACAGAGAUCGUUGGAGGUGCACCCCAGCACAGGCAGACUGGUAAAGCCUACCUAUUCAGAGCUGAAGAAAACAUGCUGAAGAUCAUCAGUGAAGUCAAGGGAAGCAAGCUGGGCUCGUAUUUUGGUGCCAGUGUGUGUGCCGUGGACCUGAAUGGAGAUGGCCUGUCUGAUCUACUGGUAGGAGCUCCCAUGUACAGCACCACGAGAGAGGAGGGACGAGUCCAUGUCUACAUCAACCAAGGAGCUGCUAAUAUGAAGGAAGCAGAGUUUCAGUUGGCUGGAAGCAAAUCGUAUGCUGCAAGAUUUGGGGAGACCAUAACCGAUCUGGGAGAUAUUGAUGACGAUGGCUUUCCUGAUGUGGCGGUGGGGGCUCCGCAGGAGGAAGAGCUGCGUGGGGCUAUAUAUAUCUACAAUGGGAGGAAGACAGGGAUCUCUCAGACCUACUCUCAAAGGAUCACCGGGUCUCUUCUGGGUAAUGAGUUAAAGAUGUUCGGCCAGUCUGUUUCCGGAGGCAUCGAUGUUGACGGAAACGGUUACCAAGACGUUGCGGUAGGGGCCUUCCUCUCGGACUCCGCUGUGGUUCUGAGGACACGUCCGGUGGUAGUGGUUGAGGCCUCCAUGCUCCUGCCUGUCAGUGUGAACCGCUCUGUAGCGCUAUGUUCUGACAACGGUCUUCCUGCUGUCUGCAUCAAUGUGACAGUCUGCUUCAGGGUCCGCGCUCGACGCUACAACGGACUCAUAGAACUGCAGUAUAACCUGACAGCCGACACUCACCACAAGGAGUCUUUCCCCUCCCGCUUCCAUUUCCACGGCAACGGGACGUCCAACGUUACGACAGGGCAAGUCAAGGCCAGACACGACCAGCUGACCUGCAUCACCCACCAGGCCUUCAUGAGGAAAGAUGUCCGGGAUAUCUUCACGCCCAUCCAUUUUGAGGCGACGUACGCCCUCAGACAGCACCCUGUCCAUACCUGGGGAUUCAGAAUAUUCCCAGCCCUGAAACCCAUCCUGCAGCAGAGAGGGGGGCACAGCAACCUGGUAGCCAAUAAGACUGAGUUUGCUCGGUACUGUUCAUUGGCCAACUGUUCAACCAAUCUGCAGGUCUCUGCAUACCUGGUCUUACCACAGAAACACAACAACAUACAGUACUUUGCAUUGGGCAAUGGGAAGACCAUCAUGUUGAACACAACCCUGGUGAACGCUGGAGAUGAUGCCUUCCUCCCCAGGCUCCAGUUACGCUUCCCCUCCAACCUGCACUACAUCAAAGUGCUUGAUGCAGUAGAGAAGUAUGUGAGCUGUGACAUUUCAGAGGAGAACAAGACAAUAGUAGGAAUGGAUUGUAGUGUUGGGAACCUGUACUUCAGCUCUGGAGCCAAGGUGAACAUCAGCUUUCUGUUGGAUGUAAACCAGAGUAGCAGUGCUGGUGACAUUAGCAUAUCCAUCAACACUUUUGGAGACAAUUCUGAAAAUGAGGAUCUUCUGCAUGACAACUCAGCCACUCUGAUGUUACCGUUGAGAUAUGGCGUGGAUGUCAGUGUCCAUGGGUUUGUGACUCCAACAUCCUUUGUAUUUGGUGACCAGGAGCCUACUCCAAUUGAUUGCUACACAGAGACAUUCAACUACACUUACAAGGUUGUCAAUAUCGGUCCAAGCAAAUCUCUCAACACGGAAGUUGAGAUUGAUAUUCCCAAGAUACUAUCACCAUAUCCAUACAGAUUACUCCACAUUGCAGAUUUUCAGACCUCUCUUGGAGAAUGCUCCAUUAAAAACGGCUCCAUCACAGUAGAAGAUGAUUGUGAGGUGCCACGGUCGUCUUUAAUCAAGGAACUGGUCUUCUUCUUCUCCAAAACCAGCAAACGCAAAAUGUUCUGUGCUCACGGAGACGACCUGUGCCUGACUCUGGUGUGUAGACUAGGAGACAUGGACAUUGGGAAAGAAGCCACCAUUCAGAUGGAAGUGAAGCUCAACCCCACUGUUCUACAGCUCACACCGGGUCGUCAUGGAGUGAUGCUGAUAGAGAGUACUGGCAUCAUCACAUCACCAAGGGAGGACCCUCACACCAUCCUAUUACAGCAGACCCCUAUUGCUCAGGUUGUGUUGGAGGCCCACUUCAACCAGAAGCCUCAGGCAGCAGUGGAGGGGUUCAUCAUUGUAGGGAGUCUACUGGUGGGACUCCUGAUCCUGGCCCUGCUCAUCUUCGCCCUCUGGAAGGCUGGUUUCUUCAAGAGGCAGUUUAAGAAGGAGAUCAGGAGGGAUAGCUGGGACUAUGUACCAAAGAGUGAGAAGACUGAGAGUAUAUCCUAAGAGUGUACUAAUACAGAAUGGUUCUAUACAACAACAUGAACUAACUGCUGGGGAACAGCUUCUCUACUAAAAGGCCCAUUUUGAUUGAGAUCAUCCAAACCCAAGGGAAAGAACUGCAGGACAAUUCAAACAUUUGUGGCUCAAAAUCUAGGAAUCAACAAAAUGCUGUAAUUUCUCUAAAACAUGCAGGAGGAAAAACGUUUGCACUUUACCUCUGGGCUUGUUGCAGUGAGAGUAUAGAACAUUGGACUGCGUACGUGGAAUGUCCAUUAGAACAUGGACUAUGUGACCUCACAAGAACAGGCCUAUCAUUCCUGUUUUUAUUCCCCACCAAGAACUCAGGAUAUGAAGCCGAACAUUCCAUGGUCUUGUUCAAUAGGCAUGAAACAGAAGAAAACGCUCCAAAACAGAGUGUGAAACAGGGAGGCACUUUCUGUGCCUGUCCAUUAAUUAAGAACCGCUCAUUUUACGCUGCAAAACAUUCUCCCAUACCUGACUACUUGGAUUUGGUCGCACAUAUUUAUUGUGUCUGCUGUACAAAAAAUGUAUGAAUGCACUGCUGAAGCUUUUCUCUAUGGAUAGGAAGUCUAUUUGUAUACAAUGAUAUAUACACAUCUAUAUGCCAAAUCUAUCCUCAUUAGGUGUGUAUAUACUGUGUAUAUAGAUAUAUCAAGAGGACCUUUCUUUCGCAUCCUUUUAAAACAACAUUUCCUUUUGUAUCUUCAUGCUAUGGGUAGGGAGGGGAAACCGCCUCAAACUGUCACACAUUUAUUGUGAAACUAGUGUCACUAGUGAUAAACCAUCAGAUUGAAAGAAGGAACAUUUGUUCUGGUUGAUCUGGGAGACCCAGCGAAAGCCUCUGUCGAGCCGUACAGCCUAAACCCAUGUUUCAUAGAAAUGAAUAGGAGCAUCUCACACUCUGCAAAAGUUACGUGUCCAGUGUAGCAGACCAGUAAGACCAGUACCUGCACAGGUGUUUAUUCUUCAAUGUGUAUUUUUGCUCACCAGCUUAUGGAGUGAAUGGGACAGAAGGUGUAAUUGUUAUAAUAUAGAACUGAAGGUAACAGAAGGAUGAGGAGGUCAGGGAAGUGUCAUCAGUGAAAAAAGGCGUCUGUUCACCGACUCACUCACUGAAUGACACAUACCACUCCUCAAGGGGACAGCACCCUGUGUGUGUGUGUGUGUGUGUGUGUGUGUGUGUGUGUGUGUGUGUGUGUGUGUGUGUGUGUGUGUGUGUGUGUGUGUGUGUGUGUGUGUGUGUGUGUGUGUGUGUGUGUGUGUGUGUGUGUGUGUGUGUGUGUGUGUGUGUGUGUGUGUGUGUGUGUGCGUUUGCGUGUAUGCAUUUUGGUGUGUGCGUACGACAGCAACUCAUACACCAGCAACUCCUACACCAUGGCAGCAGAAGUUUCCAACACAGUCAGAAAUGAAAAAUGAAAGAGCUCGUUCUUCAGAAAUGACUCAAACGUUCCUCAAAUGGAACACACGGAACCUUUUGGAACAUUUUCAUCCCUUUGGAUUCAAUGGGUUCUGUGUUCUUACUGUAGCUGUAAAGGAUUGGAACAUUCAGCUUUUGGAGAGAUGGUAGGCUGCAUGCGGAAGAGUAUCAUGUUUUUACUGCUUGAAUUUUCAGGGAGUCAACCUUUCAUGACCAAGUUGUCAGUUUUGACAAAAAUAAAGGGGGCACAUUCCACAUUUCUAUAAAUUGAAAUAAUGUUUUAUUUUUAAUAAAUACGUGUGUGGCGUGUAAAAAUGGACAGAUAACAUUUUGUUUGUCAACACAUUUCACUUUGGUCUGAUAAUUUAUGUAAUCGUGCACUGGAAUGUAUUAUUAUGUUGUCUUUGCUUUAAUAUAAAUCAACCUUUUCUAUUUAA